AUGGCUUCCACAACCACCACCUCCCCGCCGUCGUCGCAGCAGAAUGUCGCCGCCCCCGACACAACGUAUCUUCCCCCCAUCGUCACAGACACCGAUGUGAGACGUCAAAGUCGGGGACGAUCUUCCUCCUACGCGAAAGACCGCCUUUCGACUCAUUCCAAUGUGUCCUUCAUUUCCCAAAAUCGGUCGCGCCCCGGGUCGCAUGUGUUUCCCAUCUUCCACUCCAGCUUGCCAUACGCUCUCGUCCGCGACUUUGCCUACCCACCCAUCCAUCCGCUCCACUACGGCCCGCUGCCUCCGCGUGCCUCCGGGGUGUCCACCCCGGCGAGCGAACAACGACGUUUGUCGGAUCCUCCAGCGCCCUGGGACACGUCGCGCGGCCAGUGGUCCACCGGACCUUGGAGCACGGACCACAGCUACGGUCACCAGCAACUUCCGGCCAUGUCCUUUGGAGACGGUCCCCCAUACAGUGAGGAUGAGGAUCUGCACAGCCCCGUAUUUUCUACUCCCCGUCACCGGAAAAUGAAGUCCACCGGGACUGAUCUGAAUGGGCACCGUGGUCGAAGUUCUGGUGGUGGCCAUGAUGCGCUGGGCCACCUGGGAGAGGAUCGCGGGACGUUUGUUGGCACCAACGUGGACGGUAGCGAGACCUACUACGUGAAUGAUGAGAACGCCGCCGAAGACGGACCCGGCGGAGAGUAUGUCACGUACCCGGCUAACGAAAGUCGAUACUCGCAUAUGGACUCGUACGGCGGUUACCAAGGAUACGGCCAUGAAGCGGACUUCGAUUCCGAGGAUGAAUACACCGGUAACCGGUACUCCCGAGACUUCCAGUUUGCAGUGGGAUGUCCGGACGAAGAGAUGCACGGCAAGGCGGUCGCUCUGUUCGAUUUCACGCGAGAGCAUGAGAAUGAGCUUCCCCUGACCGAGGGACAGGUGAUCUUUGUCUCCUACCGACACGGUCAAGGAUGGUUGGUAGCUGAAGAUCCUCGCACGGGGGAGAGCGGCUUGGUACCAGAGGAGUUCGUCCGACUUCUUCGUGACAUUGAGGGCGGGCUGACGUCGCUGAACGGCGGUGAUGCCGACCAAAUCAGCCCUGACUCGACCGAUUCCCAGCAAGCGAUCACCCCAACGCAGGAGCACGACGCCGCCGAAACGGCCCAUAUUCCUAAUGGUGCGACCGAGCACAGUGCGGAGACCGCCUCCAGAACGCCGCAGUCGCCUAUGCCUGUGCUGGAAAAGCCGUCAACGGAGAGCCAAGCCACCAGCAACAACGCCACCACAACGACGUGA